UGCACUCUUGUAUUUCUUUUUACUCUCUCUCCCACAUUCAUAUCUUUCAAAUAAUUAUGAUUCAUAUUUGAUUCUUUCACCAUAUUUUCAACCGAUUUCAACGCAAGAUGCUGUGUCGAGGAAGUAAGUCGGUAAAGUGUCGAAAAGCGGGAUCGAUUCCGGUGUACCUCAAUGUUUAUGAUCUUACUUCCAUGAAUGAAUAUGCUUAUUGGCUUGGUCUUGGCAUUUAUCAUUCCGGUGUUCAAGUUCAUCGAGUCGAGUACGCUUUUGGAUCUCAUGAAGAAGCGACGACUGGAAUUUUCGAAGGAGAGCCGAAAAAGUGCGAAGGAUUUACGUUUAGGAAGCAAAUUCUAAUCGGAUGGACGGAUUUGAACCCGAAGGAGGUCAAAAGAGUCAUGGAUGAGCUUGCUCACAUAUACAAAGGAACUUCGUAUAGCCUAUUCACUAGAAACUGCAAUCACUUCUGCAAUGAUGUUUGCAUUCGACUAACCGGAAAUUCAAUCCCAAGUUGGAUCAAUCGUCUAGCUCGAAUCGGUCUUUUGUGCAAUUGCAUAGUUCCGGCGAGUGUAAAUUCGACUAAAGUUGGAAUCGAAGAUGAUAAAUCGCGUAACGAAGCAGAGAUCAAGGCGAAAUUGAAGAGUCGUUCAAGCCGGUUUACGUCAUCUUCGAGCUCGCCUUCGCUGUCUUCUGAUGCAUCAUCUCCGGUUCGUGUCACCCGCGUUGAUGCAAGAACUUCUUUCUCCUUCGACUGUUAUGAUUCUUAGAUCUUAAUUCUUGUUAGGUAAACUGGUCAUGUGUAAUGGUAAUUACAUCUAAUUUUAUUAAUCUUUGUUUCUUUCCAUUU